AUGUUGCAACUCUUCUCAAGCCGGGUUCGGCGUCCCAUUUCGCUAGUCGGCAUCGCUUUUGUCUUUAGCACUUUAGCUUUGUACAUACUCGCACCAUACACUGUCCAGCAUGGAUCUUCAGAAACGCCGAAACAGCCAUGGACCACAAGUCGCAUUUCCCAGCCUCCGAGUAACCAGACUACCACCGUCUCUCAGACUGCAAAUCAGAAAAUCCACAUUCUUUUACCUGCCACAAGAAGCAAUAUCAACUUCUGCAAGACGCUCCUUACCAUGAUCCUCUUAGGAUAUCCUAGCCCGACGAUUAUCGCUUGGGCAGACCAAGACCGCGCGAGUGGACUUCUUGGAGGCGGUUCACACUUUGCCAAAAUCACACGGACUCUGGAUUACAUUAAUGACCCUAAACGUCGCAACCUGCCCGGCUUCGACGAUGAACUCGUCAUGAUGCUCGAUGCAUAUGAUAUUUGGUUCCAGCUCCCCCUUGACGUGCUCUUGUCUCGCUACAACGCCAUUCUCGAGGACGAUGCCGCACGAGUUUCUCAGCGCAUGGGUCGAGCUUAUACUAUUGAGGGUAUCAAUUCACGGGUUGUAUUUGGAGCAGGCAAACGCUGCGCACCGAAUUUGCUUAACUCCGUGGCCUGCUAUCCCGUUCCUGAAUCGCCCCUCCCAAAUGACCUUUACGGAGGAAACACGGAUACUUUCAUUGGAACCAGCCAAUGGAGCAGCUAUCGAACUCGGUAUCUCAACUCAGGAUACAUCAUUGGGCCGGUGGGAGAAAACCGAAAAGGCGCUUCUGAUCAGAGCAUCUUUGUCGAGAUGUUUGGAGAGCAGGAAUAUUAUCGCGAAGUUAUGAGACGGCAUCAUCGCACUCGUGUUGAUGAUGUACUUGAUAGAGUCGUUCCAGGACGAGCUGGAUCAAGGCCGCCUCCUACGGUUGUCCAGCAGGUCCCUGUGCUGGAUCGCCUAGAACCUGCUUUCACUCAUCAGCAGUACAACAAGACGCAUCUUCCCGACAAGCCCUAUGAAUUCGGCAUUGCUUUGGAUUAUUGGUCUCUGCUGGGUCAUCAGACGUCCAACGCUGUUACUGAUGCUCGGUAUAUCCGCCACAGCCUCCCCGUGAAACAGCAAAUGGGCAAAACAGGGAAAUUCGACUGCGUCCCCAAAACAGAAAUGAUGUCCCUACCAAACGAUUUGCCCAGCGACAAGCCUCUCCCAUGGAUGAGAGGCAUGAUGCCUGAUAUGUGGGCGACGAUGCCUCUUUACACGGAGAUUUGCAUCGGCACGGUGCCCGUCAUGAUCCAUCACAACUCGGUGGAAAAGUACCAGCGGGAGAGGCAGUGGAGUCAGACGUGGUGGUACAGGAGAGCGAAGCCGCUGUUUGAGGAGAGGCGCAAGGAGGGGAUUGCGCAGUUGGCGGAGGGCAUUCCGACGGAUCGCGGGACGAUGGAGAAGUGGGAGAUGAUUUGUCCAAAGUUUCUUGAGAAGGAGCUGUUUAGGAAUGAAAAGGGGAAUUAA